GAGGGGAGAGAGAGGGAGAGGGAGUGUGAGAGAGAGAUUACCCUUUCAUUCCAGCCAAUGAGACGGUCGAUACACUAAGAUUUCCAGAGUUGUGCAGGGGCACAAAGUGAGUGUGUGAACUUUUCAGGUAAAGCUGCGAACCGACUAAAGCCCUCAAGGCCGCUGCUCCAGACUUUGAUGCCCACACCCUUUGAAGCAGGUGGACCGACGCAGGCAUGAGUAACAGUGGGACCAAAGAGCCGUCUCCCCAGCCCAGCACUGCCCAGUCGCCCUCCGAGCCUCAGCGGCGAGGCAGGGGUCGACCACGGAAACAGCAGUCGGAGCCUGCCGGACCAGAGGCCCCAAAGAGACCCAGAGGGCGACCGAAAGGCAGCAAGAACAAAGGCCCCAAAACUGCAACAAAGAAAGUAGAGUCCGCUGGGGAGAAGCGGCCACGAGGGCGACCAAGGAAAUGGCCUCAGAAAGUAGUUCCAGAAGUGACUGAAGAGCAGCAGGGCCUUCCUAGAGAGGCUGGGGAGGGUCCUUCGCAGCCCGAAGCCUCGUCAUCUCAGGUGCCAGCUCAGGAGGAAGGGGAGUAGACGGGACACCUACCUCAAGGUUCGACCUCAAACAAAAGGGGCACAAUCUGUCUCCCACCUGUGAUGAGGAUUCAGGAAAACAGACACACACACACUCAAAACUCACUGCAAACAGUAGUUUCCCCUCCCGACCCCACUGAACCCUGGGUUUGUUGUUGACCCUCAGAGUUUGGCUCGCUUGGUGAACAAUCUUUGUUGACAUUGGGGUGUUUGAUCAUUGCAAGACUUUCUUUAAGGAGUAGUUCCACUUUUUGGGAAGUGUAGAUUUUUUUUGCCUUCGCUGAGUUUAUGUACUUUAUGUAAGGAGCUACUGGCUACAACACUAUAAAAACAGUGUUUUUAAAAUCUGAACGAAACACAAAUGCAGCUUAUAUGCAUGUCGAAUUUAAACAUACUGGUGGGUGGAGUCUGUUAUCUUAGAAAGAUCGACAGUACCUGUUUUUAUUCUUUAAAAUCAGCCAUUAUUUUCAUAUGUUCUUAUAAAUCACAAAUUCCCUUAAAGUCGAACUAUUCCUUUAAGCAUGACAGCUGUCUUGCCGCCCUCUGUGUGCGUACGGGGGGGGGGGCGGCAGAGGAGCUGCUGAGGGCUGAAGAAAAGUAAAGGAACCAAACCUUAGUGUUGUUUUGGUAACACAUUUUAAAAUCAAGUGUCCUUGUAUGAAACGGGAGCAAAACUUUUUCCUCAACCAAUGUUACAACAGAAACACGGUGUGCUAAAGUCGUUCGUGUAAAAGGUUUCAUUCCGGAGUUAAAAUAUCCGCUUUGGGAGGGAAAAGCCUCGUUUGUUCUAUACUUGAAAAUGAGAUUAGAGGAUUAUAUGGCUUCAGUUUCAAAAGGAAAAAGUUAAAAAAAAAUCAUCUAAUUGUUAUUUUUCUCCAAACUUUAAGUGAUUUCAAGAAAACGUGUCCAAAGUUUUAAAUGGAUGUUUUACAGAGGGAAGAAAACCGUUCGACUUUAGUCAGCAGUGUUUUUGCCACACUCAGGAUUUCAUUUUUAACAGUGCUUUUGACAGCUUAUUGAAACCUCAGGUACAAAACUAUUCAGGAACAUUUUGUCUACUCAGUAAAAAAAAAUUAUGGUGCUGUGUUUGUUGCGCAUUUCUAAUCUGUAUUUGACAUUACCAGUAUGCCUUGAAACAAAGACCUCAUUUAAACCUCAGUUACUCUCAGUUUCCUCAUCUCUCAUUCUACCUCAGCAACACAA